GCAGCCCGGGAAGAGUCCGAAAGACGAGGGGGCGCCGGCAGCGGGCGUGUGGGACUCCAGAGCGGAGAGCCGGAGGCUGCGCCUUCCCCGCACCGGGACCUUCACGACACACACACCAGACCCUCGCCCCUGCCCCGCGCGAGCGCCCACGAUGACCACCACCCUCGUGUCUGCCACCAUCUUCGACUUGAGCGAAGUUUUAUGCAAGGGUAACAAGAUGCUCAACUAUAGUGCUCCCAGUGCAGGGGGCUGCCUGCUGGACAGGAAGGCCGUAGGCACCCCCACUGGGGGCGGCUUCCCCCGGAGGCACUCGGUCACCCUGCCCAGCUCCAAGUUUCACCAGAACCAGCUCCUCAGCAGCCUGAAGGGUGAGCCAGCCCCGACCCUGAGCUCUCGAGACAGCCGCUUCCGAGACCGCUCUUUCUCCGAAGGGGGUGAACGGCUGCUGCCCACCCAGAAGCAGCCUGGGAGCGGCCAGGUCAACUCCAGCCGCUACAAGACAGAGCUGUGCCGCCCCUUCGAAGAGAACGGAGCCUGUAAGUACGGGGACAAGUGCCAGUUCGCCCACGGCAUCCACGAGCUCCGCAGCCUGACCCGCCACCCCAAGUACAAGACGGAGCUGUGCCGCACCUUCCACACCAUCGGCUUUUGCCCUUACGGGCCCCGCUGCCACUUCAUCCACAACGCCGAGGAGCGCCGCGCCCUGGCGGGGUCCCGGGACCUCUCCGCUGACCGUCCCCGCCUCCAGCAUAGCUUUAGCUUUGCUGGGUUUCCCAGUGCCGCCGCCACCGCCGCUGCCACCGGGCUGCUGGACAGCCCCACGUCCAUCACCCCACCCCCCAUCCUCAGCGCCGAUGACCUCCUGGGCUCACCUACCCUACCCGAUGGCACCAAUAACCCAUUCGCCUUCUCCAGCCAGGAGCUGGCAAGCCUCUUUGCCCCUAGCAUGGGGCUGCCCGGGGGUGGCUCCCCGACUACUUUCCUCUUCCGGCCCAUGUCCGAGUCCCCUCACAUGUUUGACUCUCCCCCCAGCCCUCAGGAUUCUCUCUCGGACCAGGAGGGCUACCUGAGCAGCUCCAGCAGUAGCCACAGUGGCUCAGACUCCCCCACCUUGGACAACUCAAGACGCCUGCCCAUUUUCAGCAGACUGUCCAUCUCAGAUGACUAAGCCAGGGUAGGAAGGGAUGCCCCCCCCCCCGCUGCCCCACCCUGCACCCCCAUACCCUCACCUCCCCAGUCCCUACAUUGACAAGUUUUAAGCUCAACCCCUUCCCCAGGAUCUUCUCUUCCCCCCCCCCCUUCCUAACAUAAGGACAAGUCAAUUUGUCAGUAGCUUCUGGCUUGAAACCCCUUCCCUCCAUUUCAUAGCCCACUUAACCACGCAUAACAAAGUCUCAUAUUUUGUCAGCAAGAUGCCUUUUUUUCCCCCGGCUUAAGCCUUAAGUGCCAAAUCACAAAAGAAAAAGCAGUAACAGUUUACAGAAGCAACUUAGUGCCUUGUAAUCUAACUUUGUCACUGUGACUACAUUACCUCUUAAGCGCCAGGGGGCACCCGUGGGCCUUCCCCAGCCUCUGCCCGUGGGGUGGGGGUGGGGGGCGGUGAGACCCGGAACCAGCAGCUCCCCCAACUGGUGACACAAGUGCACCUUCCCUUCAGUCUCCCGCACACUUCUUCCCUGUAGUGAACAUCCACCCCGUCCUUGGAGAGUUGUUGCUGGACUUGGGUUUUUGGGGAAACCUUUCUUGACAUUCAAAAACCUUUUUCUUCCCAACCCGAACCCCUGUUGACUAAUCUUGCCUGGGUUUGUGUAGGUCUUCAGGAAGGAAGGUUGAGCAAGUGGACGAAGAUUUUUGACAUAAGUGGGACUUUGAUUUAAAUUUUUUUUCUUUUUUCUUUCUUUUUUUUUGGUAAAGUGGGGAGGAAGGGGAAGCUAGAAUGGACUAUAAGAGACUUGAUUUUGGUGCUAAAGUUCCCCAAUUCAUAUGUGACAUCUUUUAAAAAUGACAACAAAAAAAUGAGAGAAAAGCUAAAACAACAUGUAAGGGGUGAGCAGUUAAUGGUAUUCAUUCCACAUACAAUAUCUGUGUAAAACGAUUUCCUGUAGAAAGUAGCUUUAAUGGUUUUUGCUCUAGAAUACCUUAGGUGUUUUCCCUUAGAGCACUCACGCCAUGCUUUUUUCCCUGGGUUUAAACUUCAUAUAACUUUCAGAAAUUGGAGAGCAAAAAUUUUGCUUGUCACUGCACAUCAAUAUAAAAAAGCUUAUUUAACUUAUCAAAACGUAUUUAUUGCCAAACUAUGCUUUUUUUUGUUAAUUUUGUUCAUAUUUAUCGGGAUGACAAAUCCAUAGAAUAUAUUCUUUUAUGUUAAAUUAUGAUCUUCAUAUUAAUCUUAAAAUUUUGUGACGUGUCUUUUUCCUUUUUUCCACAGUUUUAAUAUAUUAUUCUUCAACAACAUUUUUGUAACUUUACACUUUUUGGUUAUUUUAUUUUAAAAAAAUGAAAAAUUAAUUUAAAAAAAUGCAAAAAACUGUUGGAUUAUUUAUUUUAGAAAUUUCCCCCCUUUGUGUUGGACUGCAAAUUGAGUUUCUUUCUCUUUAGGCCUUUCACAAGUAGGACUGAGAAUGUAUGUAAAAGUUCUGUGACAGUAUAGAAGGAGAACAACCUUUUAUGUAUGUCUUCUAAAAGGGAAAAAAAAAAAAAAAAAAGAACCCUUUGACUUCCACGUGCCCAUCUCAAGACAUUCCGCUCGCAGAUUCGAGGUUCUGGAUUCCAGGUUGGAGUUUUCCAAUGCUAACAUAAACAGAACUGGUGCGCGCGCACACACACACAUACACACACAAAGAUGAAUGUAAUUAUUAUUCCUCUUGCUGGUCACUACCGUCGCUUUCUAUUUCUCUUUCUUUGUGUGAAUUUAUUUAAAAGAAAAAAAACUUUUUUGUAACGACUAUUUGCAGUUUAAAAAAAUCAAUAAACCCCGUUUUUUUCAAGAAACUCUGA